AUGGCUUUGCUUAGACAGCUGUUAGUUCCAAUCGCCAUGGUUAUGGCAAUAUUCUGUGGUGGGUGUUCUAGUUUGCAGUAUUUGGUUGGGGACUCAAUCUGGUCCACACCGCCAUACCCAAAAUACUACUCAGAAUGGUCUUCUUCCCAUCUCUUCUACACUGGUGACUCUGUAGUGUUUGGCUUUGAAACUGAUGUUUACAACCUGAUACAAGUUCUAAUAUCAGACUACGAGAACUGCACUGCAAACAAUGCUGUCUAUGUUCUGAAUGAGUGA